CCGAACCCUAUCCUCCCGCCAGAGACACCAGAUCCAUCUCUACGUUCACGCUAUUCUCCAAUGGAACAAGCGCAUGAAUCUCACCGCAGUCAAAGACGCCGAUGAAGUCAUGGAGAGGCACGUCGAGGACUCGCUCGCGAUCCUCCCUCCUCUUAGGGAUUGCUACCGCACGCGCUGCGGCGGCGCGCCGCCACAUGAGAAGCUUAGCCUCGUGGACGUUGGAACAGGUGCUGGUCUUCCCGGAGUUGUUUUGGCCAUAGCUUGUCCAGAAUGGGAAGUUACACUGAUGGAGUCCAUGAACAAGAGAUGCGUAUUCUUGGAGCAUGUUGUUGGAAUCAUCGGUUCAUCAAAUAUCCAGAUAGUAAGAGGAAGAGCAGAGAGUUUGGGGCAGAAUCAUUGCUUCAGAGAGAAAUUCGACAUAGCAGUGGCUAGGGCAGUUGCAGAAAUGAGAGUGUUAGCUGAGUAUUGUCUUCCACUGGUUCGUGUUGGCGGAUUGUUUAUUGCUGCCAAGGGUCAUGACCCUGAGGAUGAAGUUAAGAAAGCUGAAAGUGCCAUCCAGAAGAUGGGUGCUUCUCUAUUGCAAGUGUGCUCAGUUGAUUCUCGAAGUCCAUAUGGUCAACGGACUGUUGUCAUAUGCUCAAAGGAUCGUUCCACUCCGAUGAAAUAUCCCCGUGAUCCAGGUACACCUGCUAAAGAACCAUUGUAAUUGAUGUGGAUGUUCAAUCUUCAUUUCUUUUCUUCCUUUUUUUUUUUAAUUAUUUUUUGCCUGCCUGGCUGCCUAAUAGAACAUGGAAUUCUACCUUGGCUGAGAACGACACAUUCUUUUGCUACCAUAGAAGAGAUUCUUUUAUAUAUACAUUUUAGCAAGCAAAUUUGAUUCAGCGAGUGGUCAGGUUUUCACCCCACUAGUUUUUUUUUCUUUAAGUUAUUGCUGUUUUGACCGCUUUUUAUGUAUAAUUUAUGUAAAAAAAGGUUUGCCAGCCAAUUUUUUUUCCAUCAACAUUCAGUUAAUUUUGGCCGAUUAUAUGUUGAAAAAAGGGUUAGUUCUCUUGUUA